AUGUCGUGGCGAGCGGUGGGCUUGCUUUUCCGCGUGGCUCCCCAGCUCGGCAUCAGCGGCCUCCAGGGCGCGAUUCAGGGCAUUUUCAACUCACCUCUCAUAAUUGCUAUCUGUAGUCGCUCAGUGAAAUGUGUGAACCUACUGCUAGAGGCUGGUGCGGAUGUGAAGGGCGUGCUUACUGCAACCCCCUUGCAAGCUGCUGCAAGAAAUGGCCUAACUGACGUCCUCAAGCCCCUAUUGGACGCUGGUGCAGAUCCCAAUGUUCGAAAUGAAUUUGGUCACUUGCCAAUACAACUUGCGGCAUACUUUGGUACACGCAGAGAUGUUGAGAUCCUGUUUGAAGUUACUUCUUCUCGUAUUCCAGCUUUACAUGAUUGGAGCGUUGAUGGUAUAAUUAGUUAUAUAAAGUCAGAGCCAAAGUUGGAGGAUCUCCCUUUGUCUAAAAUGUCAUUAGCUAAGUUGAAAGAAGAAGGAGACAAAGCUUUGUGCAAAAAGGAUUACAACGCGGCAAUAGAAUUCUAUAACAUGGCUUUGUUGGUUGAUUCUGAAGAUGUUGAUGCAUUCAUGCUUGGCAAUAGGGGGUUUUGCCGCCUUCAACUGGGCAAUGGAGAGGGUGCUUUAAGUGAUGCCCUUCUUUGCAGGACAAUGCGACCUAACUGUGCGCAGACAUGUGGGCUGCAGGGCUACUCAUAUGUGCAACUAAAGGAGUAUGAAAAGGCAUGUGAUGCAUUUCUCGACGGUCUCAAAUUGAUGCCAUGCUAUGUUGAAAUCGAGGACGCGUUGAGGUAG